GUAAGCGUGCCCCAUCUCGCGCCGGACGAAUGUCGCUUCACGCUUGGAUCCGCAACGUUGGAUCCCCGCCGACAGAAAUUCCGACGCCGGUCAUGUCACGUUGAAGUUUCAUUGCACGGUAUAUGGACGCGAACGGUAUAAAAUUCAGUUUACGGUCGCGAUAAUGGACCCGUAAAACAGUUUCACGCAGAACUGGCGGCGCAACGCGCGAAACACCCGGAAUGGAGUAACCCGAGGAACGAUGCCCGUUCGAAGCACGGCUCUCGAUUUCGUCGACAGAUAAGCGGCGAGUUCGCGGAUGAACGCACAAUGGACACAUGAAUCGAAGCCAUCAUGAGCGCGCUUCGAUUUAUCCUCCUGUUACUGGCAUCAUCGUGUCACCUCGUUCAUCCGACUGAUGCCGGUGUUCGCGACGAGAAAACGAGCAACGACGGGACUCACAACAAUGUCCCUUCUUCGGUAGCUGCAUCUGUCAAGGAUGUCCUGGCGCAGACCGGCGGUAACGCUAACCUACCCUGCAGAUUCACUGGUCCCGGAAUAGUAACUUGGAUCAGGAGAAAAGAUAGACAACUAUUGACGGUGGGUACGAGGACUCACGCAAUCGAUACGCGGUUCAUGGUCGUCUCAUCCAGUCCGGACUGGAACCUGCUGAUAAAGAACGUGAAGCGCGACGAUGCUGGCUUGUACGAAUGUCAGAUUCAAACGGAGCCCGUUCAGCAACGAUUCGUUCGUCUGAGCAUCACGGAGGCGUACUCCACGAUUCCUGGAGGACCAGAUCUCCACGUGAAGCAAGGAUCCAGCCUCCGACUGGAGUGCCAGCUAAUUGCGUCCACGGAGACGCCGAGCUUCAUCUUCUGGUACCGCGAGGGCCGGAUGAUCAACUACGACGACGAACCAGGGGUUAGGGUCGAGGCUACUAAAAAUGGCUCCAUCCUGGUGGUCGAUAAGGUGAAACUCUCCCACGGUGCCAACUACACUUGCUCCCCGAGCAACGCUAGACCAGCGUACAUCAUGAUCCACGUGAUCGAAGAGGAAGAAAAACCGGCCGCCAUGCACGGCGGUGAUCGGCGGAACGCUGCGUCGAGAGCGUACAUCAACACCGUGUUGAUUUUUCUGACUUUUCUCGGUGUACAGAGCUUCGAUCGACUUUGUCUACGAGGUGCCACGUGACCAGCCUAUCGUAGCUUCCCCGGGAUUAUUAUUCUCUAUUUUAUCGUGCCAGGAAAAUUUUAAUGUCCAGCCUACGCGUUCCUUUUCGUCUUAGAGUUUGGUAGAUCGCGUUGGUGUAACUAGCGAUCUGGUGCACAAAAUGGACCUAGAUGGCGCAAGGUACGUAGGAUGCAGGG